GGAGAACCUUCCGCUAUUAUUUAAAAUAAACCGAGUGUGACUUGUGAGUUAGACACUCGGACAUCGGUGUUUCCCCCAUUGGUGGAUGCAAGACUGACCAGAAAGUACAGUGAUAAUUUGUGACAAAGCCUGUUCAGAAAAGCUUGUGUACAUGCUUGUAAGUAUAAGCGACCAAGGGACAACGAGGAACUUGCCUUACCAAAGGACACUAGUACAUCGACUCGGUUUCGAACCAGGGACCUCCCGGUCUACAGAGAAAUGACGAUGGACAGAGGUAGCUUGAAGAUGGUCGUUGGGCGUGUAACAAUGGCAACCAUGUCGCUGGUAGUGAUGAUGAUGAUGAUGACGAUGGUGAUGAUGGGCUCUAAUGAACGUGCGAUUGUGAGAGAGCCUAGUAAACGACACUUCUUCGCUACCGAUACAUACAGUCUUCUAGGUUCUCAUGAGCUACAUGAAGGUCCCCCAUCAGUCGUGCUUUCAGUGAAUACGACCACGUCAGUAACAACAGUCGACGAGCGAUUCAUAUCGAUUGGUGCGACCAUGGGAUUCAUUAGAACCUCACGGGGACAACAUUUCAAUUCAACCCGUUUUUGGACCCUCGCUCAUGGUUUAUCUCCCGCCAUCUACCGUCUGGGUGGUGCAGAGGCUGAUUUCACGGUCUUCAAAGAAAAAAUAAAUCCUGUAAAUUGUACCCUAGACCCGGAUUCCGAAGGCGAAAGGCAGUCGGGAAAUUACGGAAAGUUAACAUUUUUCAAUAUGACACUUUGUGCACAUACAUGGGACAACAUCAAUGAGUUUGCCCGAUCCGUCGGCUGGGAUGUAUUAUUUACCCUUAAUGCCCUGGAUCGGAACGGGUCUUCUUGGGAUCCAACGGGUGCGAUUCAUCUUCUCAAGUACACCAAACAGAGGGGCUAUCCGGUUCUAUGGGCCCUUGGAAACGAGCCCUACGGAUAUCCGAGAAAGGCCCAUGUGAACGUGACCGCGACACAAAUGGCUGAUGCGUAUCACACUCUUCGAAAGUCGGUCUCCCAAAUACCCGAACUGACGGAUAUCUUCCUUGUCGGUCCGGAUACGUCUUCUCCUAUAAAGAAUACCUCAUCAAUACCUUCACCAAGUGCCUCAUAUCUGAAUGAGUUUCUCCAAGGAGUUGGAAAUGCCACCAAUAUAACGUCGUUCCACUUCUACUACGCCAGCGGCAGAGUAGCUGGAUUCAGGGAACUCACUGAUCCUCGUCUUGCUGAUCUGCUGCUAUUAAAUAUCCAGAGCGUGCAAAACUCUGUCAAGAAGUACAGCGCAAAUUCGAAGAUAUGGAUAACAGAAUCAGGUGUCUGUUUUGGUUCUGGCCCACAAGAUUUGAACAAUGUCUACGUUGACGGAAUGCUGUUUCUGGAUAAGCUUGGAUUGUCAGCACGUCUAGGGGUAGAUCUGGUCGUCAACCAAGGACUGAUUGGUAGGACGGGAGGGUUAUUCGACGAAUCUCUCAACCCUCAUUUAUAUUAUUGGCUCCUGUUAUAUCACAAGAGGCUCAUGGGAACUCGGGUCUUAGACGUCUCCAAAGUCGUUUCUACAAAAGUCAGGACGUCACGUGAAGAAAACGCCAAGAACAAACCAGAUGACGAUUUUUCAAAUUAUAUCCGCAUAUACGCUCAUUGUACGAAAACAAGUACAUUGUAUCAGCCAGGCUCGGUGACCUUCAUGAUCAUCAAUAUGGUACCCAUCAAUGACGUUCACAUCCACCUUGAGGGCGCCCUACUUGACUCUCCCAUCCACGAGUACCUCUUCUUGCCGAAGGGCACGAAAGGGAUCUUAUCACCACAAGUGAGGCUCAACGGGCACCCUCUGAAGAUGGAUGACGACCUCACACUACCAUCUUACUCACCCCGGGAGCAGCCGCCUGGAAGCACCAUCGUGGUACCGCAGCAAUCCUACGGAUUCUAUGUGCUUCCUCGUGCCCAGGCUCCAGCAUGCCAGUGAUCAUGUUAGAGCCACAAAACCUCAACUCGUUUCUUCAACAAUUUAAUCAAAUUUUACCAACCAAAUUUGUUCUUCUUCUUGUAUAUGUAAAUAUUAUUGUAAGAAAUGUAUUAAACUUAUUUGCUGUUGGUAAAUAAAUGAAAAAUUCACAAUCACGAUUCAAAUAAUCAUAUUUCUAUUCUAGAAAAUGCUAGUAACUCAGUAGUACUGUCGACAAUCAGACGUGUACUGGAAUAAAAAUUUAAGUCAAAAAUGCAUUUGGGAAGUGGUAUUUAUGGGUGGCAAAGAAAAAACAAAAUUGAAA